AUGGAGGACUUUGCUUUGUCCCGACCGGACGCCAUAGAAGUGAUGUUCGGUUAUCCCAACUAUAGUCCACCGAAACAUAUGUUGGAAGCCUUCAAAAGUGUCACAUCAAACGACUUGGCCUUUGAAAUACAUCAAUACGCAGACUUCAGGGGUCAUCAUAGGCUGAGGGCAGCGGUGGCCGAGUUUAACGGCAUUUUAAUGAACCGCAAAAUAGAUGCUAAUAAAGAAGUGCUGAUAACUGUGGGCGCCAUACAAGCUCUGACUGCCAUCGCACACACAUAUAUAAACCCCGGCGACGAAGUGAUAGUUUUUGAACCAUUUUAUAUAUACUACAGACAUAUAAUAGAGCUCAGGGGUGGAGUUCCCGUGUAUGUGCCGCUUAGACCACGCGAUGGACAAACUGCUCGCCAGUCCAAUGAAUUGACAUUUGAUAGAAAGGAAUUGGAGUCUAAGUUCACUAAUAAAACCAAGAUGAUCUGGGUUAACAAUCCUAAUAAUCCAUCCGGGAAAACGUAUCUCGAAGAAGAAUUGGUAUUUAUUGGGGAGUUGUGUACCAAACAUGAUGUGAUAAUCAUAUCUGAUGAGUUUUAUCAGUUUGAGUACAAACAGCACCUCCGAAUGGCAACUCUGCCGGGACUCUGGAAUCGGACACUGACUGUAAACAGUGGCGGAAAACUGUUUAGUAAUACCGGUUGGAGAAUAGGAUGG